UGCUCCACGGUCGCUACGGAGAGAGGGAUGGGUCUGUUGUAUUUAAAAAACUGUACUUUUCCACGGUGUUAGGUCAACUUACUGUCAUGGCAGUGUAUGGCACAUGCUUCUCGGUUGUUGCGACAACCACUUUAAACCGUGCUAACGUUUGCAUAUACACUUUCGUCUGCUGCUAGUACUUUAAUCUGUCUUGGCAUGACUGAUAAAGAUUAGUUAGCAUGCUAGCGAGCUAGCCACACAGCCUCAGCAACACACAGCGACCACACCUGCCAGUGUGGCUGUAGGUUCCUAGCAGACAUGGGCAAACUACAGAGCAAGUUUCGCAAGAGGUCGGAGAUCUACAGGACAACUCAGGUGGAGAAGCCAGAAACUACCUUUGACAGCAAGGUGGUGCAGUACGAACCUGCCCAUAAAGGGUCCACCAACACUGUCACCAAUCUGAGCCCAGAGCUCUGUGUUUCCGGUGGAAGUGACCAGGCUGUGGUGGUGUAUGACUGGAAGCAAGGCCGGAUGUGUCAGACAUUUCAGGGUCACAACCGAGAGGUUACCAAGGUGGUGUGUUAUCCAGGCAGCACAUGGAUCUUUAGUGCCUCACGGGACAAGACUGUCCUGAUGUGGGACCUAAACCAGGGGGACGAACCUAUCCAGGAAUUUUGUGGGCAUGAGUUGGUGGUCAAUGGACUAGCUAUCAGUCCUGAAGGGAGAAAGCUGUGUACUGGUUCUCGUGACAACUGGAUGUGCCUGUGGGAUAUAGAAUCUGCAAAAUGUGAACAGAGACAGAACGUUUCUAGAAACCUGGUGACUCAUGUUUGCUGGGUGCCAGGCAGCUCCUCUGUAGUCCAGACCUCUGAGGAUAAGAUCAUAAGAGUGUGGGAUAGCCGUGCAUGGCAGGUGACCAACACUUUUCCUGCCAAGCAAUAUAUCCAGACCCACUGUGACGUGUCUCCAAAUGGACACUACUUGGUGUCCAGCAGCAACGGCUUCGGAGGGCAGGGCUGUGAAGCCACGCUCUGGGACCUGCGCCAGCCCGGCUGUAAGGUGGUGGAGUACAGGGGUCACCUCCAGACCACCGCCUGCUGUAUGUUCCUGCCUACACCUCCUGGGGGCUCACCUCAGGUAGCAACAUCCUCACAUGACAGCUCUGUCAAGGUCUGGGAUCAAAACACAGCAGUGUGUUUAGGGACGUUGCAUCUGGAUGGCGCUGGUCCACUGGUUUGUCUCACUCCCACCGACUCUGCCAAUCUGCUGUGUGCCAGCUUCAACAACGGCCUCCAUCACAUCCAGCUGGGCAACGGCAUGGAUCAGGAUUCUGGGGCAUGUUCAGGUGGAGCCGGUGAACUGGACGUGAAAGUUGUGGCGCGCUUCUGAAAGCUCAACCCUGACCUGUGCAAAGUGAGCGGUAUCACUGGAUAUGGACAAUAUGGCCGUUCUCUUUUUUUACAAUUUGACAUAUUUUUCUGUAGGCAUGUUUUGCUUUACGAGACUGCCAUACAGUGAAGAUUGACAGAGGAGGCCAUUGAGUAGAGGAGUACAUGAUGAUGAUAAUGAUGAUGAUGAUGAUGAUGACAUCGUGUAUGCACCUUUUGUCCAGCAAAGCCCCCUGGAGGCCAUGCUGGGAUUGCUGCCUUCUUCUACAAAAUCUGAAAGAUGGGGGAUUACUCUCAGUUUAUACCCUUCUUCCCCAAGGUGGAUCUGACAAGAUGCUUCAUGGACAGGUUGUAUGGAUUUUAUUGGUGGUGCUGAAUAUGUCUGAAGGAUAUCUUGAUGCAGAAGUAGUGGUGUAAAAAAGUGGAAGCAAUCCAUAAAGAAAAAGAGCCAAAAAAACUAUUUGGUCAGGUAUUACUUCUUUAGUACGUGCAAUCAGACUAGCAGUCUUGUUAGUCAAUCACUGUGUUAAAAGUUAUAUUAUGUGUAUGUUGAUGAUUAUUUAGUUGUACCAUAGCAUUAACCUAAUAGACCAAAUGCCUCCCUACAACACAAGACUGUUAAGAAAUUAGGUUUGUUUACAGAUUGUUAUAUUUUUUAGUAAUCCGCUUUAUAGCUAAGUAUUGUUUUAAUGAAUAAAUGGGAAUCAAAUAUAAAAGCAAGCUUCUCUGCAACCUGUUAACAUUAAACGUGGUACCAGUCAUUCUGCUUUUAAUAUGGUGUCUCUACUGUGAUAUUAAUGACAGAUGUUGAACUACUUUGUAAUAAUGAGCAAUCCAGACUUGCUAUUGUUUAGCCAGCAAAUGCUAAUGUUAAUAUUAGCAGCCUUAAGUAAAUGACAUUUGGACAUUACAUUCCUACCUUUACUGAUUAUUGUCAGAAGAUGAGUAAAAGUUUAAACACUUGAAUUUGAAGUGCAAAUGUAAUAUAGAUUACUUUAUCAUUUUGAGAAUCUUAAAAACUGCAUAAUUUUCCUUUUUUGUUUGUGGAGAUCCAGGCUAAUCAUUUUUCUAAAAAACAGUGAUCAUUACAAGCAGUGAGAAACCAAAGGUCAUUCCUUUUGUGAGAAUGUUCUGUUUAGGUGUCUGUCACUCUUAACACCAGUUAAUUUGAUCUGUCUGUGUUUGAUACACUAUCAUGAAGCAAUUAAUAAAUAAUUGUAUGUCUGAUGAGUAAAUCUUGGUUGUCAC